CGAGAGCUGCCAGGGCACAAUUCUGGAAAAGAGACAGUGAGCGAGAGCAAGAGCAUGUGAAAUGAGCAAUAACUGUGGACCUUACAGUUGCUGCUGCUAACUGCCCUGGUGUGUGUCUGUGAGUGCGUGUGUGUGUGUGUGUGAGAGAGAGAGAGUGAGAGAGAAAGAGGGAGGGGAGGAGUGGAGAGGGUGGGGGGAGAGAUAAGAGAGAGAGAGGGAGAGAGGUGGAAAAAGGAGAGAGAAGGAAGGAAGGAAGGAACAACAAGGAAGAAAGGGGACAAUACAAUCAUGCUGUGCUGUAUGAGAAGAACAAAACAGGUUGAAAAAAAUGAUGACAUUGACCAAAAGAUUGAACAAGAUGGCAUCAAGCCAGAAGAUAAAGCUCAUAAGGCAGCCAUCAAAAUUCAAGCUAGCUUCCGUGGACACAUAACAAGGAAAAAGCUCAAGGGAGAGAAGAAGGGAGAUGCCCAAACUAAUGAUGUUGAAGCUGGUGAGAAGAAGGAGGAGCUCCUUGCCAAUGGUCUGCCCGAUGGCAAAGCUGCUAUUACAGAAGUUGCUCCGACCGAGAAUGUGCUGCCUGCAGAUGGCAGCAAAGGGGGAAGCACCCCAGCGGAUGAGAAGCAGGGGGAGGGCAAGGCUGACACUGGUUCAGAAAAACCUGCCCCAAAGGCCACUAGUCCUGCUGCUCCAUCGGAGGAAAAGCCCACUCCUGCUGCUGCAGAAACGGAAAGUGCCACUAAAGCUUCCACUGAUAAUUCACCAUCCUUGAAGGCCGAGGAAGCCCAAGUCAAGGAGGAACCUAAACAAGCCGAUGUGCCUGACACUGCCACCACUGCCGUUACACCCACUGCUGCAGAGGAUGCUACUGCCAAGGCAACAGCACAACCCCAAACAGAGACAGCAGAGAGUAGCCAAACUGAAGAGAAGACAGAUGCUGUAGAAGAAACCAAACCUUCUGAAAGUGCCCAGCAGGAAGAAGCGAAAGACACCGAGAGCAAGGCGGACCAAGAAAAUGCCUGAACAUUCAGAAAUGACUCCCUGUUGCCCUGCCCUCUCCCCACUUUCCCUUAAUUUCCCUCCCUUCCUUGUUCCAAUCUGACCCUUCUCCUACUCACGCCUGUGAGUCUGUCUACCUUCCUUGUCCCUUCUACGCCCUACUUAACCUCUUUUCUCUCUGUGUGGCAAACAUUUAAAGAAAAAAAAGCAGGAAAAAUCCCAGUCAAACAGUGUGGCUUAAACAUUUUGUUUCUUGGUGUUGUUAUGGCGAGUUUUUUGGUAAUGAUGAUCCAAUCAUUUUGGGAAAAUUCUUGCACUGUAUCAGAAUUGUUUGAUCUGCGCGUGCGUGUGUUUGUCUGCCCACCAUGAGUGCGCUCUUUCUCUCUCUUCCUCCCGCUUUCCUCCCUCCCUUUCUCUCUGUUCCAAGUGUGUGUGCAAUGUUGCGUUCAUCUGAGGAGUCCAAACCUAUUGAGUGAGUUAAGAAAAAAAAAACCCAGAACAAACCAUUUUUCUUUUCUCCCUUUUUCAAUGUGAUGAUGGAAUGAACUAUAGGAGACAAGACAAACGAGGCAAGAAAAAAAAGGAAAAAAGAGAAAAACACAGAAUGAGAAUACAACCCCAGUUUGUUUUAAAUAAAUAAAUAAUUAAAUAAAUAAAUAAACAAAUAAAGCAAAUGUGCCAAUUAGCAUUA